UAGGGAAAGUAUUUCACUGCGUCUGUGCAUGUGUUUGAAUCUGUGCAAGUGUGCAAGUUGGAAGUAUUUAUCUUGCACCAUGAGUCUUAAAGACAGGCGUUUCUCACUGGACAGCUCUGCUAACCUGGACAGAUUGGGUCUCCUUGGCGGAAGAAGAGGCAGCAACAGGUUUAGCAGUAAGAAAUCUAGCCACAGCUACACUCGGUAUGAUGCCCCACUGGACAUCCAGGAGCUAAAACACAGCAUCAACUCCAACAUGUACAUCAGGGAUCCUAUCACAGAAGAGGAUAACAUCGAUCGAACAGAUGGCUUUAUCAGCAACAUUAGCUUCCUGAAGCACAACAAAACCUUCCACAAAAUUUUCCCAGACAUCCCUGAGAAGGAGAACCUUACACACACAUUCUCCUGUGCCUUGCAGAAGGAGGUGCUGUAUCAUGGAAAACUCUAUGUAUCUGAGAACUAUGUGUGUUUCUACUCGUCAGUGCUGCUCAAAGAAACCAAGGUGGUGAUUCCUGCGUCGAGCGUCUGCAGGGUAAAGAAACACAACUCAGGUUUAUCCAUGUUGUCUAUCCAAACUGCUGAUGGAGAUAAGUGCACCUUUGUGUCUUUGUGGAACCGUGAGAUGUGUUAUCAACUCCUCCAAACUGUCUGUUCACAGGAACAGGAUAAGAACUUGAACGGCAGCCCUCAUGUCUCCUCUGCAGAUAAUGAAGCUGACCAUGACGUGGCCUCCGGUUACUCCAGUUUGGAGGACAGCAUAGAUCUUGAUCGUGGCAGCGAAGACAGCAUUUAUCUCAACAACGACCUUCCUCACAUGUCCGGUGAAGGAUCUACAAAAGGCAAUUCCACCAGUCAGAACAGCACAGAGGGAGAUGGCACAGCAGCAGUACAGUGGAUUUGGAGGAUCGCUGAGAGUGUCGUUCCACUCUUCUUCCUCAGAGAAAUCAGGGAUCUCAGCGCUCUCUUCUAUGUCUUCGUAUUACUGAUAAUGCUGCUGCUCUUGGCGUCUGGGUACAUGGGGCUGAAGAUCAUCGCUUUGGAAGAGCAGCUGACUCAGCUGUCUUUCCAACACAGAGAGUACCAGCUAACGUAGCCAUGAGGCAGGUGACAGACCCUUCCAGGAGGUCAUGCAGUGCACCCAGGCCCGGUUCUAAGGGGGUGCAUGGCAUGCAUUGCACCCCCAGUUGAAUGUUAUGCACCCUCUAUUCAAAAAGAGAAGGGAGCGAAAAAUAUUAUAAAUAUAACAACAAUAAUAGAAUACAAUACAACACAAAUUGUGUCAGGUGCGCGUGACCUACGCCGCUGCACGUGCAUAAUUUCCAAAGUGCUUCCACGGCAGAGAAACACAUCUGUGGAUAAUAAUCAUGGAUAUACGAAAAUUGUUAAAGCAACCAUCACUAAACGCCAGCAACACUGCAUCUACUGCAGA